UAAGAUGUUGUACUGGGCAAUGGUCUUACUCACUGGCCAACUGGCCAGCACCGAUGUCCAAGAGCAGUUGUCCUUGUCAGCGGCAUCUUCAUCUUUCUCUCAGAAUCUUUACCAGAAAUUAUCUGCCAAAGAAUCAACCAUCGUGUAUUCACCUUUCAGCAUUCAUUUGGCUCUAACUAUGAUGUUACUCGGAGCAAGGGAAGACACUGCUACUGAAAUGGAGACCACUCUGGGUAUCUCAUCUCUUGGCGACUCAGUGCACACAGUUUAUAGAGAACUCAUCCAGCAGCUCACGUAUGUAAAUAGGAUUAAGAUCCAUAUUGGGAACAGCCUGUACGUGAGUUCUGACUACCAGAUUUCUCCUAAGUUUAUCGAAGACAGCACCAAUGAUUAUUCCGCCAAAACAUCCAGCAUUGAUUUCUCUGCCAACGGAGGUGCUGAAACAUUAAUCAACGAUUACAUCGCUGCUCAGACAGAGAACAGGAUUCAACAUUUUCUGCAACCAGAAACUCAGUCAAGGGAUACAAUCCUCGUGUUGGUGAACACCGUCUUGUUCAGAGGAGCAUGGCAGAACGUUUUCUCUAGAUCAGUGGUUGAAGACCACUGCUCUAGAUCAUCUACCAAGAAGCAGGACUUUAAGCAAGCAAGUGGAGCUGUAAUACAAGUGAACAUGAUGCAUAACACUGAAAAGAAUAUCCGAUUCAAGAGAGACGUCGCCCAUGGCGUGGAUGUGGUUGUGCUCCCUUUUCAGGGAAAAAGGUUUUGUUUGUACAUCGUGCUACCACACAAGUUGGACGGCAUCACUGACCUAGAAUACCUCUUAGCCCAGCCCAGCAAGGUCGAAGGUCUAUUCUCUGGAUUAAGCCUUCACCUAGUAGACUUAGCCAUUCCAAAGUUCAGAACAGAAACCGCACUGACCCUGAAAACUCCACUCCAAGAAAUGGGGAUGGUCAAAGCGUUCAGUCGAAUGGAGGCGAAUUUUACAGGACUUUCACACAUAGCUCAAGUCCAUAUUGGCCAAGUUCUCCACAGGGCUGUGAUAGACUUACAGGAAAUGGGGAACAUGGCUUCUACAACUAGCUUCGUUGCUGUUGUCGGGGAAGGUAAAGAUCAACUCUACAAGCCAAAGACAGCAAGUUUCAUCGCUGACCAUCCCUUUGUAUACUUCCUGAGAGAUAAUGUAACUGGACAGAUUCUCUUCCAAGGGAAAUUCUCUGGCUGAACUAUUGUCCAGAAAAUUUACGUUUUAAAAUCUAUUUAACUUCUGAACCUGUUAGAAAAUAUAUUUUGUAAAAGUUAUGCGAUAACAAAUUUUUUUUACACAUUUUUUUUUCAUUUUUUAUAUUAAUGACUAGAACCAGAAAAGUUUUAUAUUUUAUUAUUUCUAUAUUAAAAUUUAAGUCAAAGUUUAGACCUAAAUAAACAAAAUGUAUAGAGAUAGAAACAUAUAUUUCUGUAUUCAUUCACU